GAAGAGCUCCCCUCCCCCACCCCCCCGUGGGAGAACCCGCCCCGGACUAAUCGCGGACUUCUCCAGCAGCGGGUCCCACCCAGAGCCAGCACCUGAUGCCGCCUGUUAAAUGCUGAUAGAGUCACCUCGGCGUCAGUCAGCAGAGGAGAACAGCCGCUGGCGACGCUGCGGCUUCGCGGUCCGAGGAGCCCGAGUCCACCUAGAGCCUCGCGCCGCAGCCAUGGGGGCAUGUCCGCGCCGCGGGGCCUGGCUCCGCUCCGUGGGGUUCCUCGGGGCGCUGGCGCUGCUCGCCCUGCCGCAGGCCAGCGGUGAUUGUACUACUCUGCCAGCAUUUCCUCAUGCUCAUCCCGAAGAAAACUAUGAUGCUGAUAAAACUUUUGUUGUUGGAACCAUUGUACAUUACAAAUGUGAUACUGGUUAUCUUAAACUACCCGGAAAAUCAGACACAAUUGUUUGCCAGGGUGUGAAAUGGUCAGAAAUUCCACAAUUUUGUGAUCGUAGCUGUAAUGCCCCAAAUCGGAACGCUAGUAUGCAGCUGAAUGCCAUAUUCAUAAGUGAAAAUUACUUUCCUAUUAACAGCACUGUGAGUUUUUUAUGUCGGCCAGGAUAUACUCUCAGUAAACCUGGGCCUCUUCUCAGUACUUGUCAGGAUGAUGGAACGUGGUCACCUGUGUCAGGGUCUUGUAAAAAAAAGUCAUCUUCAGCCCAGGAGGCAUUCCUGAAGGUGUUUACGAAGGAAUUUGCUACUUUUCUAGAAGAUACACUCUUCACAUUUCUGAAGGAGGCUGUUAGGGUUAGCUACACCUUAAUAGGUGAUGAUGUUAGAAGAUGUGAGCUUGAUGGAAACAGAGUUGUGUGGAGUGGUGCCAUUCCAUUUUGCAAAAUUAAUACUUGUGCACCACCUACAAGCAUCGAAAAUGGGAAGCACAAUGGCGGCAACAAGGAUUUCUUUACCUAUGGUGAGGUAGUGACUUACCACUGCGAUUCAAGAGGUCAGCAUCCACUGUCGCUUAUUGGAAUGCCAGAAUUAUUU